AUGGCAUUCUUCCAAUUAGUUCUGAAAGCCAGGAAACUCGAAAAAGCGAGGUUAAAGUAUGAGGAUGAAAAACUGACGUCUAUCGCCAUCGCGAAAGGUGCCAAGGCCCGAUUCACUUUAAGCCAACGACUUCGUCGAAUCAAAAUACGGUUUAAGAAGAAGGUUAAGACGUUCUGUGGGAAAAUCUUCGCCAUCCCAAAAAAUCUUUGGCUAUACAGAAAAAUCGUCGCGAUCUGUACCAGCGGCACUUUGGAGAAUUACAUUGCGAAGAGCUUCCUUGGAUUUAUCGGCGGAAUGUUUCUCACGUACAUCUUCUUCGCAUUCUUCGUUCUUCAACUAAACUUCAGACUCUCGACGGCAACAUUCCUUUGCACGGUGAUAGGUGUAAUCCUCACUCUUGGCUUGGCGUUUUCUCCUCGAAUACGUUGCAUUGUUUUCCUGUUAUUACCACAAUUUUUCUCGAAGCGAGGUAGGCAAGUCUUAAUGGCGUACGCAUUUAUUUUAGCCUUAACCGGACCGGUCAAGAACACUUUACACAAUGUUGCCGUUCUCUCGGAAUCACUGACCUGUGCACAAGAACAGUUAAAGGAAGCGGUGAAGACUGUCGUCGAUAUAGUAAAGCAACCGUUUUAUGCUCUGCGAGACGUGAUAUCGAAAGUUAUAAAGUCAAUCAAAGCAGUUGUGAAAAGAAUUAAGCAGACUCUUCUUGCGAUCAAGAGGAUCGUUCUCAGCAUACUUAGAGUCAUCACUUCGGUAUUCCAAUGGCUGGGAAGCGUCAUAAAUAUGUGCAAUAAAAAAUUAGGAACACCUUUCGAUAGGUGUCAAAGUGUCUUCGAUGGUGCGAUAUCGGAUUGCAAAGCAAAAUUAGGUCCAAUUAUAGGAGUUGUUUGCAACGUGACCUACGUAGUCAGUUCUCUCUGUUAUAUAGUAAAACCACUAGAUUUCAUAUGCAUGCUGGUCUCUUACAUUGCCGACAGUGUAGUUGGCGCCGUACGAAGAAAAAUAAAAAGGUUCACGAUGCACAUGAAGGCGAUGUUUUAUGUCAAGGUAAAGUUCGCCCAUUCGUUUCAUUACGAGACGAACCAAAGUAAAGCGAUAGAAGAAGUGUCCACGGGCAUUGUUACCGAGGUGCGCUCGAGAACAGACCAAUUCUUCGCAUUCUUUGAUUUGAUGAGUUGCCUCACCUCUUUAUUGGCUUUCGUUAUUGUGCUCAGAGUACUACGUUACCGUUACAAAUGGUUGACCAGCGAACGCUUCGACAAUCGCUACAUUACCGAAGAUCUGCGCACUAUCGAUUUAGUACGAGCGCGCCAAGACAAGGAAACUGUUUUACCGCUGAAUUCGCGGGAAAGGAAUCACUAUGCGUCGCUGUCAUCCGUCAUGCUAAUCAAAUCGGAAAAGGUCAAGUUAGUCAGAUCCGUCGUAUUUCUAGGCCUGGCUACGAUCAAGAUCAUCUCGUAUAUCAUGAUAGAUUACAGUCUGUAUUGGAUACUCAAUAUCAUUCAAAUCCACGGACGGUUUCAGAGCAAGGUUGAACGACCAAGCGUAGUGACCGUUCACGUUUCCGGGGAUGGGUAUUUGGCAGACCUUUACAGAAGCAUCGUCAGAGCAUUUACGCCGCAUGGAAAGGAAGCGGAAUUGGACACGAUGCUCUGCUUGCCAGAGCCAGUGCCCCCCGAUUUGGAUAAAUACACUCGUAUCAUCGCAUUGCUGAUCUUCUCCUGGCUAAUUGCAAUUUUCGAACCUUAUGGUUUACGUCUGAGACACGUUGUUCUGUGCCAGUAUUAUCCCGACAGAGCGAAACAAAGAGCAGCCUGGCUGUACAAUCAGAUUAUCAGGUCGAGAGGAAGCUUUCUAAAGUUCGCUAGACGACAGCUUCGCCGAAAAUUUGGUCUGGGCAAGGGAGAGCCAACUGAAAAAGUUACUUUCAAGGAAAGAUUGUGGGCAGUGUGUCCAUGGUUGAAUAUCUGCUUUCCGCAUAAGCAAAACAUGUGUCUGUUGUGCGGUGCCCCGGAACGUUCUGAUGAACCGCACAUAAAAUGUCGGACACCUGGCUGCGUAGGUCUGUUCUGCACGCAAUGUUACGCCGAUUUGCAAAAUUUGUGCACCAUUUGUCGAUCUCCGAUCGAUUACGGUGACUUGUCCGACAUAAGCGAGGAGAAGGACUCUUCGGACGAUCCAUAUCCAGUGGCAAAGAAAAAAGAAGCGAAACCUGAAGAACAAGUCGAGAAACCAGAAGUAGAGGAAACGGAUGAAGGUGUAGAUGAAGAAGAGGAAACUGAUGAAUACGUAGAUGAAGAAGAGGAACCAUUAAUAAAAAAAGAUGACGAGAAACGGGAUGUUAAGAAGGUGGUGGAUGAGAAGCAGGAAGAGAAGGGUGAGAAGGAGGAGGACGAGGAGUUGGAUGGCGAGAGGGUAGCAGAAGAAAAAGUAGCAAAGAUAGAAAAGGAUGUAGCUCAGCAAACGGAUGUCAAACACGUCGAAGAUUCCGAUCGUAGUUCAGAGUCCAGUUACAGUUACACAUAUCAAGACGAGUCCCCUAAGGAAGAGGAGAUCAAGAAGCGAAGGCCACCUUUCAAAGACGUCGAAGCACAGAAAAUUAGGGAUGACGUAACAAUUCAAAUAUUUAACGAACCGUUUGUGAAAGAGACAUCCUCGAGCAGCGAGUCGUCAUCUUGUUUCGUGGUGAGGGCGCGUCGGAGGGUUCGUGCUAGAUUGGAAAAGCCACCGUGCCGUUUGCCGCCUGGUGAGAAAGAUUCCGAUUCAUCAACCUCGAUCGCCGACACGGAAUCCUGGUCGAGCGAGGAGGUCGACGAGGAAGAAGUAAUACACAUAGAGGCAGACGACUGCUCGGAAGAAUUACUUCCGAAGGAUCGAAGGGAUAAGAAGAAACGAGGUCGUAUAAAUAGAAUCGUCGGUGCAGUCGCAAAGAUUCCUUGGCUCGGUAAAGAAGAGGACGAUGAGAAAGCGUGUCGUGACUUGCGAACCAGAAGGCCUUCUCUUAUGAAUAAAAUCGUCAGCAUGCUUCGAAGAAAGCAGUCGAUGCCUGUGCAGACUUAUAAAAGAACUAGGAAGAUAAAGGACUCAUCAUCAAGUUCGCUUUCGUGCGACGAUGAGAACGCAGUCCUGAAAAUGGAGGACAGCUCGUGCGAUACCAGGCGUCUCGUACGAAGGAAAUUCACGAGGAAAUCAUCCAACGACGAUUCUAAUCGAGAGAAAAAUCUCAACCUGAAGCAACAGGGUGAAAAGAAAUUCAUCACGAAGCAAUUACCAAGGUACGUAGCUUAA